GUCAAGGAGACAGACACCACUUCGUCCUCCUCAGCCGGCCCAGGCAGCAGCUACCCCCAGGAUUCAACAGUCCUGUGUCCUGGGAUCCACCCGCAGCCCUUCGUCUUUGCAGAAUGUCCCACCAGGAUCUGAGCAUCGGAGCAAAACUCAUCAAUGGAGGCGUGGCAGGGCUUGUGGGGGUGACCUGUGUGUUCCCCAUCGACCUGGCCAAGACUCGGCUGCAGAACCAGCAUGGGAAAGCCAUAUAUAAAGGAAUGGUUGACUGCCUGAUGAAGACGGCACGGGCCGAGGGCUUCCUGGGCAUGUACCGAGGGGCUGCGGUGAACCUGACCCUGGUCACUCCGGAGAAGGCCAUCAAGCUGGCAGCCAAUGACUUCUUUCGGCAGCUGCUCAUGGAAGAUGGGAUGCAGCGGAACCUGAAGAUGGAGAUGCUAGCUGGGUGUGGAGCUGGAAUGUGCCAGGUGGUGGUUACCUGUCCCAUGGAAAUGCUCAAGAUUCAGCUGCAGGAUGCUGGACGGUUGGCUAUCCAUCACCAGGGUUCGGCCUCAGCGCCUCCCUCCUCCAGGUGCUAUACAACCGGCUCGGCUUCCACCCACAAGCGCCCUUCUGCAACCCUCAUUGCCUGGGAGCUGCUUCGCACUCAGGGCCUGGCUGGUCUCUACAAGGGUCUGGGUGCCACUCUCCUCAGAGACAUUCCCUUCUCCAUCAUCUACUUCCCACUGUUCGCCAACCUUAACAACCUGGGGCUCAGCGAGCUUACUGGAAAGGCCUCCUUCGCUCAUUCCUUUAUGUCAGGCUGUGUUGCAGGCUCUGUAGCUGCUGUCGCAGUGACACCUCUGGACGUUCUGAAAACUCGAAUCCAAACCCUCAAGAAAGGCCAGGGUGAGGACAUCUACAGUGGGAUUGCCGACUGUGCCAGGAAACUCUGGAUUCAGGAGGGACCAUCUGCCUUCAUGAAAGGAGCAGGAUGCCGGGCUCUUGUCAUAGCACCUCUCUUCGGGAUUGCUCAAGGCGUCUACUUCAUUGGUAUUGGAGAGCGAAUCUUAAAGUGUUUUGAGUAGCAGGGCUGGAGCUUAGUCCCCAGCUGGUGGCCACUUCUUUGGCCCAUUAGAGGGGAGAAGCAAAAGACGGCCUGCCAUGCUGCAUCAUGUCCCCUAACCUGUAGUGCUACCUCAUUUCAGAAGAAACAACCCUACUCCAGUGAGCUGAGCACAGACUUCUCAUGACUUCUACAUUCAUUUCCUUUAGGGGCACAGCUACCAAGGGCUUUCAGAAGUCUCUAAACCACCUACUUUAUAACAAAAAUAACACUUGCUUUGGAUAUAUUAAUUGCAGGACCUUAACAGAUAGCAAAGAUAGAAAGGUUGCUUCUAUAUUUUAACAUUUUUGUUUUACACUCAAAAUCAGCAUACUUGAGUCCAUUUGAGAAUUUAGUUUGGUUAAUCUUGAAAUAACUUAUGGCUAGUCUUAGCACUGACUUUGAUGAAAAUGAGGAUCCAAACUCAACACAUCAUUUGAAACUGUUGACUGUCCUACCCAAUCCUGGAUGGCUGAGGGUUGAGGCUGGCUCUAACUGAACAGGUGGGCAGAGUUAGGGUAGCCAGCCCACCCCAAAUCCUUCUCCUGAACCACAGACUCAUCCCUGCCAAUGGCCUUGGAACACAACUUGAAAUAAAGUUGGAUAAUCUCGUCUAGUAAUGAGUGGGAAUAGUAGACAGGCUGCAAUAGAUGCGAUCUGUCACCUACCUUGCCAUGUCCACUUUAGAACCAAUCAGAUUAAAAAGGGCACUGAAGCAGGUCACAAUCACUCUUCAAACUGUUAUUUAUAAGGAUAAGCAGAACGGCCAUAGGGAUAUUAUAUUUCUAAGUUACAUGGGGUUUUGAGUCUUGACUCUAUCACUUUGUAACUGCAUCACCUUGAGGAUGGAGUCUGCAGUGACAUCCUCAUGGGCCUCCAGCCCUGCCCCACAGGUGCUACAGACAAAGAGACACAUCACACACAUGGUGAAGACCUAAGGGAAAAACACCUGCUGUAGGAGUUGGUAUUUACAUUAGUCCCCACCUACCUAAAACAUGGGUUAAUGAGGAAGAGGAUGGUGCUAAAAUGGUCACUCUUAGCAGCCACUUUUUUUUUUUUUGAGACUGAGUCUCACUUUGUUGCCCCUGGUAAGAGUGCCAUGGCGUCAUAGCUCACAGUAACCUCAAACUCUUGGGCUCAAGUGAUUCUCUUGCCUCAGUCUCCCAAAUAGCUGGGAUUACAGGCGCCCACCACAACACCUGACUAUUUUUUUUACAGGUGGGUCUUGCUCUAGCUCAGGAUUGUCUGGAACUCAUGAACUCAGGUGAUCUGUCCACCUCGGUCUCCCAGAGUGUUGGGAUUACAGGCGUGAGCCACUGCGCCAGGCCCCUGGUAGUCACACUAUCAAGAGAAUUGCAUUUGGCUCAGAGCCUAUGGCUCAAGCGGCUAAGGCGCCAGCCACACACACCUGAGCUGGCAGGUUCAAAUCCAGCCCAGGCCUGCCAAACAACAAUGAUGGCUGCAACCAAAAACAGCCGGGCAUUGUGGUGGGUGCCUGUAGUCUCAGCUACUUGGGAGGCGGAGGCAGAAGAAUCGCUUGAGCCCAGGAGUAGGAGGUUGCUGAGAGCUGUGAUGCCAUAGCACUCUACCCUCAAGGGCGACAGCUUGAGGCUCUGUCUCAAAAAGAAAAAAAAAAAAAUGCUGCAUUUGAGUACAGGUUCUUGAGACAGACUUCAGUUAAAUUCCCAGCUCCACCAUUCCUUAGCUGUGAGAUACUGGACAGCACUUAGUCAUGUAGAGAAAGAACAAAGCAAGUGGAGUGGAUGGAAGAACAGGGCCUCAUUAAGAAUUUGUCUCCCGGCGGCACCUGUGGCUCGAGGAGUAGGGCGCCGGUCCCAUAUGCCGGAGGUGGCGGGUUCAAACCCAGCCCCAGCCAAAAACCACAAAAAAAAAAAAAAAAAAAAAAAAAAGAAUUUGUCUCCCCAAACUAGUAAAACUAUUUCCUCAAUAUGCUGGACAAUCCUUCUAGAUAAGAGGUAAUACCAGGGCGGCGCCUGUGGCUCAGUGAGUAGGGCGCCGGUCCCAUAUGCCGGAGGUGGCGGGUUCAAACCCAGCCCCAGCCAAAAACCACAAAAAAAAAAAAAAAAAAAAAAAAAAAGAAUUUGUCUCCCCAAACUAGUAAAACUAUUUCCUCAAUAUGCUGGACAAUCCUUCUAGAUAAGAGGUAAUACCAGGGCGGCGCCUGUGGCUCAGUGAGUAGGGUGCUGGCCCCAUAUGCUGAGGGUGGCGAGUUCAAACCCAGCCCCGGCCAAACUGCAACAACAACAACAACAAAAAAAAUAGCCGGGUACUGUGGCAGGCGCCUGUAGUCCCAGCUGCUCGGGAGGCUGAGGCAAGAGAAUCGCGUAAGCCCAAGACUUAGAGGUUGCUGUGAGCCGUGUGACGCCACGGCACUCUACCGGAGGGCGGUACAGUGAGACUCUGUCUCUACAAAAACAAAGAUGAUAAAAAAAAAAAGAGGUAAUACCAAAGCCCCGUGUGUGGAGGAUGGUGAUGGGCUGGAUGGAUGUUAUCUGCUAAAAAUCAGCAAGAAGCCCAGAGGACAUCCACAGUUAAAGGUUCAGUACUGACAGCUGUAAACCAUCAGAUGGUAUAGGGAUUUAGAAAAUACUUCUUUUCUAGGUACCUUAAUAAGAACUUUGCUCCCUCAGAUCAUAAAUUUGUAGUACCUUACAUAAGAAAUUAUAUUUGAAUCCACAUAAAUCUUUUACUUUAAUAAAUAAAGCAUAUUCAUGGCUUAGGUUUCAAAUCACAUUUACAGAUGAGGAAAACUUCUAGGCCCCAAUAGGUAACAGUGAAGCUCCUACUGCUGGGAGGAAUGCAUGUGCCACAUGCAUUUGAAACCUAAAGAGCAGAGACCUCAAGGCCAAGAACACCAUACACAUCCCCCUCUAGACUAGUUAACAGGGAGGUGGAGAAAGAGCAGGAGGCUCGGUGAAGUUCAUGCAGCCACCACCUAACGAUGUAGGACCAGCCUAGCCCUGUGUUACUUUGAGAUGAACUAGGUGUGGGUUCCUGAUCAGAGCAAAUGAAACAUUCUCCCGCUUUUAACAAUUAGGCCAAGGGCAUUAGACAAAGAAGGGUUUCCACUGAUAAAUACAGAGCAGUAUUAGGACAGCAAAGAGGAAGCAACACAGACACUCUUGUUUCUUCAAACAGCAGAAGCUUCCACAUCAUAGCAGUAGCGCAGUGGAUGGACUCUCUCAAAGGCCUAGUCCAAAAACUUCCUGUUAGCAUUUGCACCAAACAAGGCUCCCCGUACUUCUGGCAUCAUCUGUGAACAUAUAAUUUAGCAAACAAGCAAUGUUAAUGGAAGAACUUGUAAAGAACUGUGUAUCUUAACCACAGGCAGAGAGUCAUUAACCGCUAUAUGGCUGAGAAGGAAAUUAAAAGCUACAUGUAUGAAAUCUGUCCUUUACUUAGCUGAAGCACUGUAAUACAACUGUUGGUGAGAAAACUAAUCUCAAGUUUGGCGUUAACACUGCUUACAAAA